AAGACCACGUCUCUCUCCUCCUCUCUCUAUUUUCUCUAUCUUCUUUAUCUUUUUUUUCUUGUUCAUAGUAUUUGGAACCCUAGAAAAUCCUCGAAAUUCGAGCUUUACAUAAACGUUAGAGAAAGAAACUGAAGGCAAAUCUGUAAAUCUCUCGAAAUUAGUUCAGAUUCGAAGUUAGAGUUGAGACAAAUCGACCGUAAUCGUUCCUUGACUCGGCUGGUUUCGAUAGAUCGACUUUCCUUUUUGUUUCCGAGAAGUGAAAAUGUCGUCGUUGAGCAGAGAAUUGGUGUUUCUCAUACUUCAGUUUCUGGAGGAAGAGAAAUUUAAGGAGUCGGUUCACAGGCUUGAGAAAGAAUCAGGGUUUUUCUUCAACCUGAAGUACUUCGAAGAGAAAGUUCAGGCCGGAGAAUGGGAAGAGAUCGAGAAGUAUUUAUCUGGUUUUACAAAAGUUGAUGAUAACCGGUAUUCCAUGAAGAUAUUCUUCGAGAUAAGGAAGCAGAAGUAUCUGGAAGCACUUGAUCGGCAAGAAAAGGCAAAGGCUCUUGAUAUAUUGAUGACUGAUUUAAAGGUGUUCUCCACAUUUAAUGACGAAUUAUACAAAGAAAUCACUCAACUUUUGACACUCAACAAUUUCAGAGAAAAUGAGCAGCUUUCCAAAUAUGGGGAUACAAAAACUGCUCGAGCUAUAAUGUUGGUAGAAUUAAAGAAACUCAUAGAAGCAAAUCCACUUUUCCGUGAUAAGCUUGCUUUCCCUACUUUGAGGUCCUCAAGACUAAGGACUUUGAUCAACCAAAGCUUGAACUGGCAGCAUCAACUAUGCAAGAACCCAAAAUCAAACCCAGACAUCAAGACUUUAUUCACAGAUCACACAUGUACGCCUCCUAAUGGUCCUCUUGCACCUACACCUGUCAAUCUUCCAGUUGCUGCAGUUCCAAAACCUGCUGUGUAUACAUCACUUGCAGCACACAGUCCCUUCCCUCCACCUGCUGCUGCUGCAGCAGCAGCUGCUAAUGCUGGUGCUUUAGCAGGCUGGAUGGCAAAUGCUUCUGCCUCAUCAUCUGUCCAAGCUGCUGUUGUCACGGCAUCAUCUAUACCUGUUCCACAAAAUCAAGUUUCAUUCUUAAAGCGUCCAAGAACACCUCCAGCAGUGCCUGGCAUGGUUGAUUAUCAGAAUCCUGACCAUGACCAGCUAAUGAAAAGAUUGCGGCCUGCUCCUUUAGUUGAGGAGGUUGCAUAUCCUGCACCACGGCAGCAAGCUUGGUCAUUGGAUGACCUACCAAGAACAGUGGCUUUUACCAUGCAUCAAGGAUCUAUGGUCACAAGCAUGGAUUUUCAUCCUUCACACCACACAUUGUUACUCGUUGGUUCUUCUAAUGGUGAAAUCACACUUUGGGAACUUGGAAUGAGGGAGAGGGUGGUUUCAAAGCCAUUCAAGAUGUGGGAAAUGUCAACAUGUUCAGUGCAAUUCCAGGCUUUAAUGGUCAAUGAUACACCAAUAUCUGUCAGCCGUGUCACAUGGAGUCCCGAUGGAAGUUUCGUAGGUGUGUGCCUUUUGAUAGAUUACUAUUGUUUUAGUUUGCAUAUAUUUGUGCUUAUUGCCUUUCUUGUUGCAGGUGUUGCAUUUUCCAAACAUUUAGUUCACUUUUAUGCUUAUCCUGGAUCAAAUGAUCUAAUCCAGCGCUUGGAGAUUGAUGCCCAUGUUGGUGGUGUAAAUGACUUGGCCUUUGCUCACCCAAACAAACAACUGUGCAUUGUUACCUGUGGAGAUGACAAACUUAUAAAGGUAUGGGAUUCAAUGACGGGACAAAAACUGUUUAAUUUUGAAGGUCAUGAUGCACCAGUUUAUUCCAUCUGCCCACAUCAUAAAGAGAACAUUCAGUUUAUAUUUUCAACUGCUGUCGAUGGGAAAAUUAAGGCCUGGCUGUAUGACAAUAUGGGUUCCAGAGUUGACUAUGAUGCCCCUGGUCACUGGUGUACUACAAUGCUUUACAGUGCUGAUGGAAGUAGAUUGUUCUCUUGCGGAACUAGUAAAGAUGGAGAAUCUCAUCUGGUUGAGUGGAAUGAAAGUGAAGGAGCAAUAAAGAGGACUUAUGUGGGGCUCAGAAAGAAAUCAGCUGGUGUGGUGUCAUUUGACACAACACGAAAUCAUUUUCUAGCUGCUGGAGAAGAUAGCCAGAUAAAGUUUUGGGACAUGGAUAAUAUCAAUCUUCUCACUUUCACAGAUGCCGAGGGUGGACUCCCUAGUCUUCCCCGUGUGAAAUUCAAUAAGGAAGGAAAUCUCCUAGCUGUGACUACAGCUGACAAUGGAUUCAAAAUACUUGCAAAUGCUGUGGGUAUUAGAUCUUUAAGAGCAACUGAAACAUCAACUUACGAUCCACUGAGAACACCCAUUAUUUCUGCUGCAAUUAAGGCUUCUGGCUCUUCUGCAGUUGGCAAUGUCGGUCCUGUUAGUUGUAAAGCGGAAAGGAGCUCUCCUGUCGGGCCUUCUCCUAUACUUAAUGGAGUUGAUCCAUUGGGAAGAAAUGUUGAAAAGCCAAGAGUUGCGGAUGAUGCAAUAGACAAGGCUAAAGCCUGGCAAUUAGCUGAAAUCGCGGAUUCUGCUCAAUGUCGGUUGGUUACCUUACCCGAAAGCAUGGAUGCCUCCAGCAAGGUUGUCCGGCUUCUGUAUACAAAUUCUGCUGUUGGUAUUUUGGCACUUGGGUCAAACGGCGUUCAGAAGCUAUGGAAGUGGUCCCGCAGUGACCAGAAUCCAUCUGGGACGGCCACUGCCAAUGUACCUCCACAGCAUUGGCAACCAAACAGUGGUCUUCUUAUGACUAAUGAUAUCACAGGUGUCAACCUGGAAGAAGCAGUACCAUGCAUAGCACUCUCGAAGAAUGAUUCAUAUGUGAUGUCAGCCACUGGUGGAAAAGUUUCUUUGUUUAACAUGAUGACUUUCAAGGUAAUGACGACAUUUAUGUCUCCUCCUCCAGCCUCAACCUUCCUGGCAUUCCAUCCUCAGGACAAUAAUAUCAUAGCGAUCGGAAUGGAGGAUUCAACUAUCCAUAUUUACAAUGUUCGAGUAGAUGAGGUGAAAUCAAAAUUGAAAGGCCAUCAAAAACAGAUAACUGGUUUGGCUUUCUCGACCAACCUCGGUAUCUUGGUUUCAUCAGGUGCUGAUGCUCAUCUGUGUGUGUGGAGCAUUGAUACAUGGGAGAAAAGGAAAUCGGUUGCAAUCCAAAUCCCAACUGGAAAGGCACCUACAGGUGACACUCGAGUUCAAUUUCACUCCGAUCAAAUUCGCAUGCUGGUCGUUCAUGAAACACAGCUAGCAAUAUAUGAUGCCUCCAAAAUGGAGCGCAUCCGACAGUGGAUUCCACAAGAUGGACUACCUGCGCCCAUAUCUUAUGCAACAUAUUCUUGUAACAGCCAAUCCGUUUAUGCUACCUUUUGUGACGGUAAUAUCGGGGUGUUCGAUGCUGACAGCCUGAAACUUAGAUGUCGUAUCGCCUCAUCAGUUUACUUGUCACCAGCAAUCUUGAAAGGAAACCAAGCUGUAUACCCGCUUGUCGUCGCUGCACACCCUAUGGAACCAAACCAAUUCGCAAUAGGUUUGAGUGACGGAUCUGUGAAAGUGAUGGAGCCAUCCGAAUCUGAAGGGAAAUGGGGAGUGAGUCCGCCAGCAGAUAACGGUGUGGCAAAUGGUAGAACAACAUCGUCAUCUACCACAAGCAAUCACACACCCGAUCAGGUACAAAGAUGAGAUGCGCUUUUUUACAGUAUUGAAAAAGUCUAUGUAUUGUAACAAAUGUAUUAGGUUCUUAUUUUGAAGUCUUCCAUGUGUACCAUUGCAGCCCUAGAUUAUUAUGUAUGAAUUAAUGCCCCUUCUUGUAUAA